UUUCCUCCAAUAUCCGGGAAUAAUGGCGAUCCGAAACUCUGGCGAGAGACAGAGAAUUUACCACUGCUGAAAAAUUGAUUAAUUUGCUAGAAAUUUUAAACGGACGCGCGAAUUGAAAGUAAAUCAAGAAGAAUAACCCCAAUAUAAAAUCAACCUCCAGCGAGAGAGUAAAAUGAAUAAUGAUGCGAAAAACCAUGAAUGCGAUGACUUGAAUGUGCGCUCUACGGCGUAUUUUAACCAAAAAACCACAACAACAACAACUACCAAUCAACCGAAAGCGGCCAGCAAGAAUAACGCAGGCUCCUUGGGCUCCUCAGGCUCCAAUAAUAAUAAUACCACUACCAAUCCAAAAACCAACCGACAGUUGAAUCAUAAUCUACCACGUAUCGCUGCCGCCAGACAUUCGAUAGCCGCCGCUCUACUGGCUAACAAUAGUCUGAAGACCAGCGGUCGGAAGAUCCUGUCGGCCAAGAAUGAGCCACUGAUUACGACGGAGUCGACAACUUCAGCAGCCACCAGUAAUAGCCGUUUGAAAGUUAACAACAACAACAACACUGCCAAGAUGUCUGGAACUAGUAGCAGUCAGGCCUCGUCGGCCACGCCCACAACAACGCCCACGGCCAGCAGCGGUAGCAGCAGCAGCGCAACAGCAACAACAACAACGAGCGGUAUAGCCAAUCCCGCUCCGGUGACCACCACUGGAGCAGGAGGCGCCGCCAAGUUCCGUUCCGCCGUCGCCUCGGCGCCCAGUUCAUCAUCAUCAGCUGCUGCCCAACUGCCUGCGCCUGCAACUGCAACUGCAACAUCUGCUCCUGCCCCCAGUAGUAGCUCCUCCAGCUCCUCGUCCUCGAAGAAGACCCGAGCAGCAGUGGCCGCCCUGAAGCGACAGGUGGCCUUGCAGCAGCAGCAGCAGCAGGCGCCCCUCUCCGGGAAUCCAGCACCACCCAACUUGACCAGCAAGGAUUCGGCGCAUUUGAAAUUCGCCGCAACCACUCUGCUGAUGGGCGCCGCCGCAGCUGCCGCCGAUAGCAACGCUGGCGCUGCUACCGGUGGAGCAGGAGGAGGAUCAGCAGGAGGAGCGGGAGGAUCAUCAGGAUCGGGAGGAGCCAGGAUGGCCCUAAAUCCCGCCGUGGAUGUGGCCAAUGCCGCCGCCGUUCUCAAGCAAAAGCUUAAGGAUGCGGCCGCCGCUGCCUCGGCCUCCGCCUCCAAUCGUUCCGCCACCUCGUCCAUGUCAUCAACCGCCUCCUCGCUCUCCUCGUCGGCGGGCAUCGUGAAUGCCAUCUCCUCGGCGCUGCAGAACAUCAUCACGCCGGACACCGACACCGACACCGAGUUCUAUCCCCAGCCCGUCACCACAGACCUGUCCGAAUCGGAGGAGGAGUCUGUUUCAGAGAUCCUAUUGGCAUUCUUGUGUUUAAGGCCAGAUCUCCUGGAUGAUAUUCCCGAAUCAGAUCCGGAUAGCUGCCCGCAUGAGGGCGAGGUGCGCGAGGAUGAGGACGAAACGGAGGAGGAGUCGGAGGACUCUGAUGAGUCCGAAGGCGACGACGAGGAAGACGAAGAGGAGAUAGAUGUGCUGCAGGACAACGACGCGGACGACGAGGAGAUCGACGAUGAGGACGAGGAAGAGGACGCGCCCGAAGUGAGUUCCUUCCUCAUGGACGCCAACAACAAGCGCUCCAGCAAUCUCACCGCCCUGCUCGAGGCCGCGGCCAACGAGAAGGCUCCUGUCCUGCGCCACGCCACCCACGCCAUCGACGAGACCAAGCAGGCGCUGACCAAGAUGCGCUGUGCCAACAGUCCCCGCGAUAAGAACAGUGGUUUCUCCCGAUCGCUCGUGGCCGCCUGCACGGAUAAUGAUGUCAAUACGGUGAAGCGGCUGCUCUGCAAGGGCAACGUUAACCUUAACGAUGCCGCCGCCUCAACGGAUGACGGCGAAUCCCUGCUCUCAAUGGCCUGCUCUGCGGGCUACUACGAGCUGGCUCAGGUUCUGCUGGCCAUGUCUGCCGCCCAGGUGGAGGACAAGGGGCAAAAGGACUCGACGCCGCUAAUGGAGGCCGCCUCCGCUGGCCACCUGGACAUCGUGAAACUGCUGCUCAACCACAACGCCGAUGUGAACGCCCACUGCGCCACCGGCAACACCCCGCUCAUGUUUGCCUGCGCCGGCGGUCAGGUGGAUGUGGUGAAGGUGCUGCUCAAGCACGGCGCCAAUGUCGAGGAGCAGAACGAGAAUGGACACACGCCCCUGAUGGAGGCCGCCUCCGCUGGCCAUGUGGAGGUAGCCAAGGUGCUGCUUGAGCAUGGAGCCGGCAUCAACACCCACUCGAACGAGUUCAAGGAGAGCGCCCUCACACUUGCCUGCUACAAGGGUCACCUGGACAUGGUGCGGUUCCUGCUGCAGGCAGGUGCCGAUCAGGAGCACAAGACCGACGAAAUGCAUACGGCCCUCAUGGAGGCUUCAAUGGACGGCCAUGUUGAGGUGGCGCGUCUGCUUCUCGACUCCGGUGCCCAGGUGAACAUGCCCACGGAUUCGUUCGAGUCUCCUCUUACCCUCGCCGCCUGCGGUGGCCACGUGGAGUUGGCCACCCUGCUGAUCGAGCGAGGCGCCAACAUUGAGGAGGUCAACGACGAGGGCUACACUCCGCUCAUGGAAGCUGCUCGCGAGGGACACGAGGAAAUGGUGGCCCUGCUGCUCAGCAAGGGUGCGAAUAUCAAUGCCACGACCGAGGAAACCCAGGAGACGGCCCUUACGCUCGCCUGCUGCGGUGGCUUCAGCGAGGUGGCCGCCUUUCUGAUCAAGGAGGGCGCCAACCUCGAACUGGGCGCUUCCACACCGCUCAUGGAGGCCUCGCAGGAGGGCCACACCGAUCUGGUGCGCUUCCUGCUGAAGAACAAGGCCAAUGUUCAUGCCGAGACUCAAACAGGCGACACAGCUUUGACGCACGCCUGCGAGAACGGGCACACGGAUGCGGCCGGUGUGCUUCUAUCCUACGGAGCUGAGCUGGAGCACGAGUCCGAGGGCGGGCGAACGCCUCUGAUGAAGGCCUGUCGCGCCGGACACCUUUGCACCGUCAAGUUCCUCAUCCAGAAGGGCGCCAAUGUCAACAAGCAGACCACCAGCAAUGACCACACUGCCCUGUCGCUCGCCUGUGCCGGCGGUCAUCAGUCUGUGGUGGAGUUGCUGCUGAAGAACAACGCCGAUCCGUUCCACAAGCUGAAGGACAACAGCACCAUGCUGAUCGAGGCCUCCAAGGGUGGACACACCCGCGUGGUCGAGCUGCUCUUCCGCUACCCCAACAUCUCGCCCACGGAAAUGGCAGCGGCUGCGAAUGCCAACCAGGCGGCGGCCGCCACCACCUCGCAGGCUGGACCGAAUCAGAUGCGGCAGAAGAUCAUGAAGCAACAGCUGCAGCAUCAGUUGCAGCAGCUCAACGCUCCGCCCGGCUUGCAUGAAUUGUCGGAGGCGGCGCGAGCCUCCAACCAGCAACAUUUCCACCAGCAGCAGUUCAGCAGUGCCGGCAACGGAUCCUCCAAUAUCGUGGCAAUGGGUACGGGGGAUUUCCUGGACGCUGGCGAGCUGCAGCUCACGGCGACGGCGGGAAUGGGCGCAGGAGCUGGAACCAGCACCACCGGAAGUGAGGCUGGCAUGGAGGAGUAUGGCGAAGUAGGAGGAAUCGAUCUGACCACCCUCGGUGCUCAGCAGCAGGAAGGCCUCAUUGCCAAGUCGCGACUGUUUCACCUGCAGCCGGGAUUCGAGCAGCAGCAACAACAGCAGCAGCAGCAGCAGCCACAUACAGCCGGUCAGCACCAGUUGGUGCCGUGCAAGCACUUUGAUCUGGACAUGGAGCACAUUAAUUCCCUGCAGCCACCGCAAAAGGCGCCGCCAGCACCGCCGGUACUCUUCCACACCGUUUGCCAGCAGCCUGUGAUGCAGCAACAACAGCAGCAGCAGCAGCAACCCAAGCUGAAGUCGAACAUACUCCCGGGCAACCGGAAUCGGGCAAUGAAAACCGGCGAGGUGAUGGAGUUCAUCGACUGUCCACUGGAGCAGCAGCAACAGCUGGGAGAGCAGGUGCGUUCGCAGCCCCUGGGUGAGGAUGGCAAGGCACCGCAGUUCGCAUGCGCUGGCGAGGAUCCGCGGCUGCAACGCCGACGCGGCUUUAUGCCGGAGCUGAAGAAGGGUGAACUGCCGCCGGAGAGCAGCAGCAGUGACCCUAACGAGCUAGCCCUCAAAGGAGCCGACAACAAUCAGCCCGUUCCGAUAGCACUGGACAAUAGUGGCUGCGUCCAGAUCCCAGCCCGAAACUCUGGCGGAGCCAUUACCCAUUCCUCGGAAGUUCUUCAGAGCACAGCCAUCAGCGACAGGCCCAAGGUAAAGGCCACCAACAAGAGCAACCGGAAGCAGGCAGCCGCAGCAGCAGCAGCUGCAGCAGCAGCGGCGGCAGCGGCAGCAGCAGCUGCCCAGCAUGCCCAGCAAGUAUUGCCCAAUCUGCAGCAGAACCCGAUGGUGUCGAUCUACAAUAACCUGCACAUGCAGCAGUCGCAUCUGCAACUCCAGCAGCAUUUGCAAAUGCACCAUCAGCGAGUUGCACUGGACAAUGCAGCGGCUGCAGCAGCAGCGGCAGCUUCAACCGCCAACAUGGCCUACUCCAACUCGCCGGCUUCUCCGCUCGCCUCGCCCACUGGCAGCGGCAACUAUGUCGAUCAGCAGCAGCAGCAGCAGCAGUCCUUGGAUGUAGCCCUGCAGCACAAGUCGGCCAUGGACGACUUUCGUGGCAUGCUGGAAACGGCGGUGAAUGGGUCGCGGGGCAGGAAAGACCUCGCUCUGAACACUCCCCAGUUGAACUUCUUCAAGGACGGCUGGCAUAUGGUGGGAGUGCACAAUUUCUUCGGCGAUCAGCCAAAGUCGCCCACUGAGACGCCGCCGGAGAUGGAGGAGACCACCAUGUCGUCGCCAACCGAAGCAGAACCUCGGGCCGAGAUGAAGAACCUGGCCACGCUCUGCUCGGCUGCAGCAGCUGCUGCUGCUGUGGCUGCGGCCAACAAGGAGCAGGACGAGAUGAGUUCGGGCCUCGAGAGCGAAUGCGACGAUGAUGCCGAGGGAGGAGGUGGAGGUGCUGGUGGCGAUAGCGAGGAGAACACACUGCCGCCAGAGCCCAUUGAAUUGGCAGCCGCUUUGCGCGAAGACGGCAUCAUUGUGGAGGAAGAGGAGGAUGACGAGGAGGAGGAGGACGAUGAUGACGAGGAGCAGGACACCAACAGCGGGGAGAUCGAUAAGCUCAACUACGAUGAUGAAGAUGCCGAGGUGGACAACGAUGGUGAAGUGGACUACAUCGACGAGGACGAAGGCGGUGGCGAGGGUGAGGGUGAGGGUGAGGACGAGGAAGACGAAGCAGACGAUGAUGAGUUCUUCCUCGAUGAGGCGGACAGUGAUCAAGGUGCUGGCAACAACAAUAACAACAAUAACUCAAAGAGCGGUGCCAGUUCACUGCCCUUGAAGCAGCGCAAAAUGAACACCCGGCUGGAGAACCUAAUCCUCACCUCGCAAACCCUUUGCGACUUCCCGCCCGAACUAACCAACUCGGAGCUGGUCCAUGUUCUGCCCCAAAUCAGCAAUCUCAAGGCGGCGGCCAGCAGCAAUGCGGCGCUGAACAGCGUGCUCCAGCAGCAGCUGGCGGCGGCCACCGCGGCAGCAGCUCACGCCAAAGCGGUUGCAGUCCACCAGAAGCAGCAGCUUCAUCAGCAAGUGGAGGGCGAUCAGCAAUGCGAAGAUGAUGGCGGCGCUAGUGCAAAUGAGUUGUAUUCCGGCUUGGAGCACUUUGCAAAUGAUGGCGAAAUGGAGGAUAUAUUCCAGGAAUUGGCCAGUAGCCUAAACUACCCAGAGCUGGCCGAGUUUAGCCUGAAUCAGAUGUGCAAGGGCAGGUUUGCUGGCAACUGGGCGCAGUCGUCGGCCAAGUGGACAGGUCAGGAGCAGUUGGUGGGCGUGGUCAGGUCGCCGGGUCUCAUUAACCCGGGCGAUGUGCCGCAGGAUGCCCAGCGACAGGCAAACCUCGUCCUCUUGGACUAUCCCAUGCAGCAAAACAUCCAGCUAGAGCAGCGACUCCUCGAUGCUGAGGAAAUGCACCUGCAGCAACACCAGCAAACUCCGCUUUCCUUACUCCCCUUCACGGAUGAUCAGCAGCAGCAGCUUCACCAUCCAGACGUCUAUCAGCACCAGCAGCUCGCCUUGGAAAACGAUCCGGAGCUAAAGCAGCAGCUUCAGCAGUACUCCAAUGCGCGCAUCAUCAAGGCUGUGGCUGCCCAGCAUCAACAUCAGCAGCAGCAGCAGCCGGCCACCAACUUUGUCUACAACGUGGAGAGCGGCGACAAGAAUGCUCCGCCCGUGCAGUUGCUCUUCCAGUUGCCUCCCAAUAUGGCCCAGCAGCAUCAGACGCAACAGCAGACUGUUGUCGGGGAGCCCCUCACCGAACAGCAGCAGCAGCAGUUGCACGCCGAGCAGGCCCAUCUCUUUCAGCAUCGAACCGGCGGCCAGCGUCCGCCCACCCAGAGUGAACUAGAGCAGGUGGCCCAGGAGCUGCUGCUCCAAAGGAGCGGCCAGUUGCCAGCCGGAGCUCCCGUCGUCGGUGUCCAGGCUCUGCCGCUCAAGCAAAAGCACUUUAACCUGCAGGAACAGCUGCUCCUUCAUCCGCCGCCGCAUAUGCAGGCGCCUGUGUCCUGUGUCCAGCAUCAGGUGGCCACGCAGACGCACCCGGCUUCUGUCGUAGUGCCGCAGCCCGCCGUUGGACAGUAUACCCAAUUCGCCCUGCAGCCACCGCAGCAGCAACAGCAGCUGCAGCAGAACGAACUCUCCAUUUGGCCCAUGGGCACACCUACUCCCACGCCCAGCAGCGGUGUCAGCGCCACCAAGUCGAUGCCCGGCGGCAUUGCCAAGAAGGCCAUUGACAAGCAGUCGCGCAAGGAUCGCCGCUGUGUGAUGCGUCAGACACCGGCAGGCAGUCAAGUAAACACCAACCAGCAUCAACAACCGCAGGUCGCCACAGCGCAGCAGCAGGCGCAACUGCAGAACCAGUUGGCCGUCGCGACCACCGUGAGUGUGGACAAGACCAUCGAGAUUGAUUCGGAGACGGAGUCGAACCACGACACCGCCUUAACACUGGCCUGUGCCGGCGGUCACGAGGAGCUCGUUGAACUGCUGAUCAAUCGGGGAGCGAACAUUGAGCACCGCGACAAGAAGGGAUUCACGCCGCUCAUCCUCGCGGCCACCGCUGGUCACGACAAGGUCGUCGACAUUCUGCUCAAGCACAGCGCCGAAUUGGAGGCCCAGUCGGAGCGCACCAAGGAUACUCCCCUUUCGCUGGCCUGUUCCGGCGGUCGCUACGAGGUCGUCGAACUUCUGCUCAGUGUGGGUGCCAACAAGGAGCACCGCAAUGUAUCGGACUACACGCCACUCAGCCUGGCCGCAAGCGGUGGCUAUGUGAACAUCAUUAAGCUGCUGCUCAGCCAUGGAGCGGAGAUCAAUUCGCGCACCGGCAGCAAGCUGGGCAUCUCCCCUCUAAUGCUGGCCGCCAUGAAUGGUCACACGCCGGCGGUUAAGCUGCUGCUGGAUCAGGGAUCCGACAUAAAUGCCCAGAUCGAGACGAAUCGCAAUACGGCGCUGACCUUGGCCUGCUUCCAGGGCAGGCAUGAGGUCGUCAGUCUUCUGCUCGACCGGCGGGCCAAUGUGGAGCAUCGGGCCAAGACGGGACUGACUCCUCUAAUGGAAGCCGCCUCGGGCGGUUACAUAGAGGUCGGCCGUGUUUUGCUGGAUAAGGGAGCGGAUGUGAAUGCUGCCCCUGUGCCCACGUCCAGGGAUACGGCUCUCACCAUUGCCGCCGACAAGGGCCACCAGAAGUUCGUGGAGCUGCUACUCUCGCGGAAUGCCAGCGUGGAGGUGAAGAACAAGAAGGGCAACUCGCCGCUCUGGCUGGCUGCCCACGGCGGUCACCUCAGUGUAGUGGAGCUGCUGUACGACCACAAUGCCGACAUUGACUCGCAGGACAAUCGACGCGUCUCCUGCCUGAUGGCCGCCUUCCGCAAGGGUCACACCAAGAUCGUCAAGUGGAUGGUGCAGUAUGUGUCGCAGUUCCCCUCCGACCAGGAGAUGAUCCGCUUCAUUGGCACCAUUAGCGACAAGGAGCUGAUCGACAAGUGCUACGACUGCAUGAAGAUCCUGCGCAGCGCCAAGGAGGCCCAGGCCGUCAAGGCCAACAAGAAUGCCUCCAUACUGCUCGAGGAGCUCGAUCUGGAGCGGACGCGCGAGGAGAGCCGCAAGGCGGCCGCCGCCCGUCGCCGUGAGCGCAAGAAGAAGAAGAAGAUGGAGAAGAAGGAGGAGAAGCGCCGCCAGCAGCAGGGAAGCGGUGCUGGAAAUGGUGACGAUAUGCAGGGCGAUGACGAUGAUGGUAGCGACAAGGAUGAUGAUUCCGACAAGGACGACGAGGAUGAGGAGGCAGCGCCAACCACCGCCCGCGAGGAGGGCGACUCGGGCAUCGAUCAGGGCUCCUGCUCCAGCGGCGACACCAAAAAUGGUCGACUGGGUGCCGCCCAGGCUGCCGAAGCAACCAGCAAUUCCGGUUCGAGCAACAAUCAGGGAAAGAAAAGCAAGAAGCAGCCGAAGAACAAGUCGGUAGCGGUGGUAUCGGAACCAGUUGUGGCAACCACUACUCCCGUAAUCUCCUCGAGCACCACUUCCGUACUCAAGGGCAUCUCCGUGAAGAAGCAACCGGCUGUGGAAGUAGUGAAGCAGCAGGCUCCUGUCGCCACAGCUCCUGUGAAGCGACAGCUGGAGGUGAAGAAAGAAGAACCAUCUGUUGUGAAGAAGAAGGAGGAGAAGAGCAGCAGCAGCAGCUCCACCAGCAAUAAGCGAGAGAAGGAGAACCUGGCGCCCAAGGAGGUCACGCUGCCAGCCAAGCAGCAGCCCAGUAACUCCAGCAACUCCAGCAAACUGCAGAGCAGCGAGUCCGCCAGCAACAUUAGCAGCAGCAGCACCACCAACGCAACCACCACCCGUAAAGAAGUGGCUAAACCAGGGUCACAAACUGCGAGCAGCACCAGCUUGAAUCCCUCUGCCAAGCGCAGCGAAGUCGAUGGCUGGAAGGAAGUGGUGCGCAAGAGCAGCACACAGCAGACCACAGCGGUGGGAGCAAGUGGAGCACCGCUGCCUGCGGUAGCCACCAGUUCGACCACCAGCGUGCAGCACCAUCCGCAUCACCAGCAUCACCAUUUGGCCAACAGUUCCAGCAACAGCUCGAGUUCUCUGGGCGCAACGGGCGCCACCUCAUCGGCAUCAUCCGUGCCCGAGAUGACCUGCAAGAAGGUGCAGGUGCCGGUGAACGCCAUUUCCCGGGUGAUUGGACGGGGCGGCAGCAACAUCAACGCCAUUCGCGCCACCACCGGUGCCCACAUCGAGGUGGAGAAGCAGGGCAAGAACCAAUCGGAGCGAUGCAUAACGAUCAAGGGCCUAACCGAUGCCACCAAGCAGGCACAUAUGCUUAUCCUGGCUCUCAUCAAGGAUCCCGAUGUGGAUAUACUGCAAAUGCUGCCGCGGAUUAACAGCAGCAUCAAGCAGGCAAAUGCUCCCAUGACCGUUGGAACCUGGGAUAAUCGCACCGCAGCGGGUGCGGUGAAUGCUUACACCUUUUCGUCGGCCGCAUCCACCACCUCCACGUCGUCCAGCUCGUCGGCCAGCUCGACUACAACGCCGGCGGGAGCUGCUGCCUACAGUAAUGCGCACAAGCAGCCGCUGCAGCCAGUGAAGGCUGCGAGUGGAAGGUCCUCGGCCACUGUCAAGUCCAACGGCAGUAGUUCCAAGGUUUCUUCGGGUGCGGGUGCCUCGGGUGGAUCCAGUGGUUCCCGCAGAGGUGGCGGCGGCGGCGGAGGAGGCGGCUAUCUCAGUCAACAGCAACCUGGUCGCAGCUCCUCGAAUGGCGUGGCCAAGAGCAAGACGGAGAGCUCAACGAAAUCCCUGCCAGCUGCACAGAAGAGCAGCAGCACCUCGCUGGCUAGCAAAUCGUCGUCGACUGUGGCUCCCGGAGCUCAGAACUUUGCCAAGGCAGCGGCCAUUGCACAGUCGUCGCCUAAAAAAGCUGAAGGAGGCGCAGUUUCUGCGAUGAUCGGCUCUGCCGGCGGACGCAGCAGCGGUGUGGUGGCUCCAUUUGGACGGGGCAAACCUGUCGCUGGCCAAGGAGCAGCUGCAAAUGCGGCGGCUUCGAAUGUGGCCCAGCUGGGAAGUGGAAGUGGAAGCGGCAGUAGCAACAUAUUGGCUGGACCAAUUGGCACCUUUAAUGUGGCGGAUGUGGCCGCCGUGAAUGCAGCAGCUGCAGUGAAACCCAUUGCACCCAUUGCACCACCCAGUAAGCGAGUGGGCUCUCCCAUUCAAGCCCAGCAGCAGCAGCAACAGCAGCAACCGCAACAGCAGCAGCAACAGCAGCAACCGCAGCAGCAACAGCAACCACAGCAACAGCCAGCUCAGCAGGCAACACUUCCUGGCUCACAGCCACAACAGCAACCGCAGCAACAAGCUCCUCAACAGCAACAGCAGCAACAACCCCAGCAACAGCCACCGCAACCACAAACCGCCCAGCAAAACCUGGUGAUCAACACAAACCUGCUGAACGACCUGAUGGCCGCCAGUGCAGCCGGCAACACGGCCAGCGAUAGCUUCAGUGCCCAGCUGGCCGCCAAGUUGUCCAGCGCCUAUUCCCUGUUCAGUGACUACCAGCAAUCACAGUGGGGCAAGCUGGGUGAUCCUGGAAUUGGAGGCGGAGCAGGUGGAGCCGUGGGCGAUGGUCUGCCGCAGGCGGAUGCCUCCAAGGCACCGGGAUACAAUCGCAACAUCCUCAGUUCGCCGGUGGGCAGUUCGAAGGCCUCGUCGAAUCACUCAACCUCACCGCCAGUGGGUAAUGUAAUCCAGCAGCAGCAGCAGCAACAACAACAGCAGCAGCAGCAGCAACCGCCGCAAUCCAGCCAGCAGGCUCUAAACAUCAUCACCAGUGGAGGAGGAGGACCAGGAGGAGCUGCAGCAGCGCCAGCCAGAUCACCAAUGGUCGAGGGAAAUCCCGCCGGGGGCCAGCCCUCCAUUAAUGGAACCCAGGGACUGGGUGAAUCGUCGGCACCUGCGCUGCAUUCGCCGGGCGUCAUCAAGCCGCCCAGCUCCACAGUUCCCAUUCAGAGGCAUGUGCCCAUGCCUGAACCCGGAGCACCACCCACAUUCGGAGCGAUUGGUUCCAAUCCCGCCAGCGGCGGUGGCAAUUCAGCGGCAGCCCAAGCAGCUGCAGCUGCUGCCGCUUCAGCGAUGAUUGAUCGUCAGCAGCAAAACUUGCAGACCUUGCAGAAUUUGCAACGAAUGGUGGGAGCCUCACAGCAGCAACAGCAACAGCAGCAGCAGCUCAACUACCCCAUGGAUCCCUCGACCUCGCCGUACAUUGUGGAUGGCAAUAAUUUGUUGCGCCUGAAUCCACGCGCCUCCAUCUACGCGCAGGGCAACAAGCAGCCACCGCAGCAGCCACCGCCGCAGGGUGGAGCGCAGUCGAAUAUGUUUGGAGGCAAUCCGGGGAGACAGCAGCCGCCGGGUGCGGGAGCCAGGCAGCCAGGAGGAGCAGCUGCACAGCGUUGGUAUGGCGGAGCCUUGGAGUAUCCCUCGUACACGGGCCGUGACAUGCUGCACCUGGAGAAUGGCGGAGCCGGCGGUAUGGCGGGCCUAGGCUCGCCAUCGGCCAUGUCGCCCAAUCACGACGACAUUCGCAAGAUGCCGCGUCCCAUUGGCACCGAGCGAGCUGCCUCCUGGAAGUUUAACAACUUUAAUGUGGCCGCCUCGUCACUGAGCAUAGAUGAUGCCUUGGCCAGCGUGCUGCCGCCUUGGGCGCACGAGCCGAAGGCACAGCCACCGGGUCUGCAGCAGCCGCCGCCGCCACCGCAGUCGCAGCAGCAGCAGCAACCGCUUAACUGGCUGAAGCAGCAGCAGCCGCAGCAGCAGCAGUAUAGGCCGUACAACAACGGACCCUAUCCGCAGCAGCAGCAGCAUGAGCCAAUGAAUAUGCCCAUGGACUAUCACAACAUGCAGGCGCCGCCGAACAUGAACCAGCAGCAACAGCAGCACGUCAACUUGAUGCCCUCGGCCUAUGGCUACCAGCAUUUUGUGGGCGCUCCCGGAGCGGUUGACAUCUCCGGGCACAUGCCGGACAAGAUGGAGGUGUGGGAUCACCACGACAAGCACAUGCCUUGGACUAACUAUACCACCAACUGGUCCAACUAAAGUCCCAGCGACACUCGGAAAGGGGAUCUCCAGCAAACUGGACCCAACAGCAACUUCAAGAUCAGUGGCAGCAGUAACAGCAACAGCAGAAGCAACAGCGAAAGCAUCUCACUGAUUUAAGCAUGCAAAGCGAAAUAUUUAUUGAAUUUCUACGUUUUCUAUUCGGAUUCUCGGCUUCUUCUCCCCACUACAACUACUUAAUCUUCUAACAACCGGCCAACAACUGUCGUGGAAACGGAAACAGCAA